AUGCGUGUGUCCAGUAAAAACUCUAUCUUCUUUCUUCCUUUUCGCCUUUUUUUUUUUUGCAUUCUCCUUUCUUCCUUUUGCCUUUCUUUUGUUGUUUUUUUCUUUUCUCCUUUCUUUUCUCUUUUUCUCCUUUUUCUUUUCCCCUUUCUUAUGAUGGCCUUUCUUUUCCCUUUUCUUCUUUCCCCCUUUCUACUUUUCUCCUUUCUAUUUUUCUCCUUUUCUCUUUUACUCUUUCUUCUUUUCCCCUUUCUUCUUUUAGCCUUUCUUUAUUUCCCCCUUCGUCUUUUCCCCUUUCGUCUUUUCCCCUUUCUUCUUUUCCCUUUUCUUCUUUUCCUCUUUCUCCUUUUCCCUUUUCUUCUUUCCCCCUUUCUUCUUUUCGUCUUUCUUCUUUUCUUCUUUCUUCUUUUCGAUUUUCUUCUUUUCCCCUUUCUUCUUUUCCCUUUUCUUCUUUCCCUCUUUCUUCUUUUCGUCUUUCUUUUUUCCCCUUUCUUCUUUUCGUCUUUCUUCUUUUCUUCUUUUCGCUUUUCUUCUUUACCUUUUUUUUCUUUUCGUCUUUCUUAUCAUUCUUCUUCUUGGUAUGUGCUAGAAACACUAUAUUAUGUUAGGAGUCUUUUUGAUUCUUUUUUUUUUUCUUUCUUUCUUCAAACACUAACAAUUUCUUUCCUCUUUCAAUUAUGUAUUUCGCUGUGUGUGUAA